AUGUAUGCGGGUUCAUUACUCACUUUUUAUAAAGACCCCUACUGCAAAAUCCCCGUAUUCAUGAUGGGAGGUUGUGCCAGACGUUGCAUCCUGUGGAUCGGAGGGCAGUCUGAGUCCUUCCUUACUUUUGACUACUUUCCACAGCUCGUAAAUUUCCUUGAGGGCGAAUGGCAGUUUGUUCAAAUUGAGCUUGCGAGCAGUCGCAUUGGGUUUGGUGCGCAGGAUCACGUUCAUGAUGCCGAAGACGUGGAUGAUCUUAUUGACAUUCUUGUGAUGAAGCACGAAAUGCAGGAGAUCACAUUAUUUGGGACAGGUACAGGAGCUCAGGUGGUGUUUGAACUACUUGAAAAUAGCCGCAACUCCAAGUUUAUCACGCGUGUCAUUCUUUACGGUGUGGUGUGUGAUCCCGAGACGCAAAUUUUCACGCCGGAGGGAGAAGCUGAACGCAAAGAAUUUGUUGCACAACUCAUUGCAGAGGGUCGACAUGAGGAUUCCCGUGCGAUGGUGAAUCAUUACGAUAUUCCCAUCACGCCUGCCCGUCUCUUCAGUGGGGGCUUUCCGACAUUGCAGGAGGCAGUAUGGAACCCCUGUUUCCGUGAGGAUACUGAAACACUGUCUCGGUCAAUGGGCGUGGUAAAGGUGCCGCUAUUGCUCAUGUUGGCGCACCACGCACAGUACAAGCCAACCGCAGAAGAAGUGGCCCGCGUGGUGCGGCUUACAAAGGAGUAUGCUGGUUGCACACACGUAACGGUCUCUUAUUUCAGUGAUACCUGUGACGAGCGGAGACGUGUGCUAAAGGCGGCGGAAGCUGAACAUGUUGAGGCAAUUGUUCAGUUUCUGUUUGAUGAGGAAGAGAAGCGCAGAAUACAACUGGAACAGCAGGAAAGGAAAGCGUUGGAAAAUGAGAAGAAGAGAAAGUCUGUCUUGCAGGCCUCGGCGUUUGCCCAGAAUGUAAUUAAAUCAACCGCGAUGUAG